UCAUUCUCCAAUCGUGGUUUCAACAAAACGUGUCUCUUUUUCACUUUUCUUCUCAGAACAAUCAAUUGUGUCGUCUCAUCUCCUCGCUCACCUAAACCAAACAAAUAUAUACCUUAACCUUCCCCCUUACCCUGUUCCUCAUUUUCACCUUCUUCUUCUUCAUCUUCAUCAUUCCUCACUAUGAUCAUGGUUGCUACAUACCAUUACCAACGCUUAGUUUUCACUCUUCUCUUCACCUUCCUCUGUUUCCUUGCUGUUUUCUCACAUGCAGCCAGUUCCAGAGUCAAACUCAAACAAGGUGAACUGAUCAGAGACAAACAACGUGAGACUCUGGUGUCAGAAGAGUUAGAAUUCGUGAUGGGUUUCUUCUCUCUCGAAAACUCCACUUCACGCUACGUUGGGAUAUGGUACUACAACAUUCCUGGUCCUGCAGUCAUCUGGGUCGCAAACAGAGACAAACCCAUCAAAGACGCAGGCGGCGCCAUCACCAUAGCCAGCGACGGCAACUUGGUGGUCCUCGACGGAGAGAUGAACCAGGUCUGGUCCAGCAACGUUUCCGUUCCUAGCAACAGGAAGAACAGUUCUGAAGCUCUGCUUCGUGACGAUGGUAAUCUUGUGGUUUCAAGUCACGGGGAGGAGUUAUGGCAGAGCUAUGAGAAUCCAACGGAUACUUAUGUCCCCGGAAUGAAGGUUCCGGUGGGAGCUUCGUCGGCGGGGAAGGGCUUCACGUUUAGGUCAUGGAAGUCAGCGACGGAUCCUUCGCCGGGGAACUACAGUAUGGGGGCGGAUCCUGAAGGGUUGCCGCAGAUUGUGGUUUGGGAGGGGGAGAACUUGGAGAAGAGGAGGUGGAGAAGUGGGUACUGGGAUGGGAGGAUUUUCACUGGGGUGGAGAUGACUGGAAGCUUGCUCUAUGGUUUUACACUGAAUGGGGAUGGUGAAGGAGGAAGGUACUUUGUGUAUAAUCAGCAGAAUAGUACUAAGGUGAGGUUUCAGAUUGGGUAUGAUGGGUUUGAAAAGGAGUUCAGCUGGAAUGAAGGUGAGAAAGAUUGGAGUGAGGAGCAGAGAGGGCCUGCUAAUGAGUGUGAGGUUUAUGACAAGUGUGGUAGUUUUGCAGCUUGUGGUUUGUCAGAUUCAGGUUUAGCUGUUUGUAGUUGCUUACAAGGGUUUGAGCUUAAGGAAAAAGAGAACCUUUUUGGUGGGUGUAAGAGGAUUACAAAGCUCAAGGCUGAGAGAAAUGCUAGUUCUGGGGAUGAGAUGAGUGAUGGAGAAGAUGGGUUCUUGGUAAGGAGGUGUAUGAAGUUGCCGGACUUCGCACAUGUAGUCAGCACCGAGGAUUGCCGGAGCAAUUGUUUGAAGAAUGAUUCAUGCACUGCGUAUGCUGAAGUUCUUGGAAUUGGGUGCAUGGUUUGGUAUGAGGAGUUGCUUGAUGUUCAAGAAUAUGAUAAUGUAGGAAAUACACUGCACAUUCGCCUUGCUCAUUCUGAUUUAGAUGAUGGAGGAAAAAAGAACAAUGUUGUCAUCAUAUCAACUGUUGUGGCAGGGUUGAUCUGCCUUGGAAUCAUUGUCUGGGUGGUGUGGAGGUUCAAGGGAAAACUCAAAGUUCCUACAACUUCCUCAGCUUCAUGUUGCAAUAAUAGUGAUGUACUGCCAGUCCUUGAUGCAAGGAAGAGCAGAGAAAUGUCUACAGAAUUUACAGGAUCAGCUGAACUUAGUUUGGAAGGGAAUCAAAGUGGACCAGAACUUCCAUUUUUCACUUUUAGUUCAAUUGCAAAAGCCACAAACAAUUUUUCAGAAGAAAAUAAGCUUGGGCAAGGAGGCUUUGGUCCUGUCUAUAAGGGAAUGCUUCCUAGCGGAGAACAAAUAGCUGCAAAGAGACUUUCAAGAAAGUCUAAUCAAGGUUUAGAGGAGUUCAAGAAUGAAAUGAUGCUGAUAGCCAAACUACAACAUAGGAAUCUGGUUAGACUUAUGGGUUGUUCUGUUCAAGGGGAAGAAAAGUUGCUGGUAUAUGAAUUCAUGCCGAACAAAAGCUUGGAUUUCUUUUUAUUUGAUUCAGUCAAGCAAAAACAAUUAGACUGGACAAGACGCUUUGAAAUCAUUGAAGGCAUUGCAAGAGGACUACUUUAUCUGCAUCGUGAUUCAAGACUCAGAAUAAUACAUCGAGAUCUAAAAGCGAGCAACAUUUUGUUAGAUGAAAACAUGAACCCAAAAAUAUCAGACUUUGGCCUGGCCCGGAUAUUUGGUGGAAACCAGAAUGAAGCCAAUACAAACAGAGUGGUUGGUACAUAUGGUUAUAUGUCCCCGGAAUAUGCAAUGGAAGGUCUGUUUUCAGUUAAAUCUGAUGUAUAUAGUUUUGGUGUAUUGCUACUAGAGAUUGUUAGUGGCCGCAGGAACACUAGCUUUCGUCAUUCAGAUGACUCAAGUCUCAUAGGAUAUGCAUGGCAUCUUUGGAAUGAACAGAGAGCAAUGGAGCUUGUUGAUCCUUGCAUUCGCGAUUCUACUCCUAGAAACAAAGCUUUGAGAUGCAUACACAUAGGGAUGUUAUGUGUGCAAGAUUCAGCAUCUCUUAGACCAAACAUGUCGGCAGUAGUUUUGAUGUUGGAAAGUGAAGCAACAACUCUCCCAUUGCCUGCACAACCUCUGAUUACUUCCAUGAGGAGAUCUGAGGAUAGAGAAUUUUUCACGGAUGGCAUUGUUGAUGUUUCAAAUGAUCUAACGGUCACAAUGGUUGUAGGGAGAUAGAAUCAUUGCAUUGAAUUCUUCCCUCUCCCUCUAAGUUUUGAUUACCACUAGACAGGGCUCAUAGUCAUAGAUUUGCUUCCCCCCCCCCCCUCCCCCCUUGCUGUGUACUAUAUUGAAACUAUAUUCUUAAAAUUGAAUACAUUGUAUAUGGCAGUAUAUACUUUAUACAUUGAAACUUUAGAAAAGUGCUUUACUC